AUGGAUGAUCGGUAUAGAAACAACGCAAAUCUGUAUCAAGGGGCUAAGGACAUAGCUAGAGAGGUGAACCAGGUGUCAGAUGACUACCGGUAUCAGGACGGCAACUAUGCACCUUCAGAUGGCUAUUACCAUGAUGGGACCCAAGAAGAGGAUGCCCAGAGCGAUGCCACGGAAGGCCAUGAUGAGGAAGAUGAGGUCUACGAAGGAGAGUACCAGGGCAUCCCUCACCCAGAUGACAUUAAGGGCAAACAGAAGAAGAAAGCCCCUGCCAUGGCCGAUGAGUUUAGAGACAAGGCUGAGCUCAUAGCCGAGCGGAUGGAGGAUGAGGAACAGCUUGCCCACCAGUAUGAGAACAUCAUCGAGGAGUGUGGCCACGGGCGCUUCCAGUGGAUGCUCUUCUUUGUUUUAGGCUUGGCACUGAUGGCGGAUGGGGUGGAGGUGUUUGUGGUUGGCUUUGUUCUGCCCAGUGCUGAGAAGGAUAUGUGCUUGUCCAGCUCAAACAAAGGGAUGCUAGGGCUGAUAGUCUACCUGGGAAUGAUGGUGGGAGCUGUCAUUUGGGGUGGCCUGGCAGAUAAACUGGGAAGGAAGAAAUGCCUCAUCAUAUCACUCGCAAUCAACGCUGCCUUUGCAUUCCUCUCCUCCUUCGUCCAGGGAUAUGGAUUCUUCCUCUUCUGCCGCCUUAUCUCCGGCCUCGGCAUCGGGGGAUCCCUCCCCAUCGUCUUUGCUUAUUUCUCUGAAUUCCUAUCUCGUGAGAAGAGGGGGGAACACCUGAGCUGGCUCUGCAUGUUCUGGAUGAUCGGUGGCAUUUAUGCCUCUGCAAUGGCUUGGAGCAUCAUUCCACACUAUGGCUGGGGUUUCAGCAUGGGAACCAAGUACCACUUCCACAGCUGGAGGGUAUUUGUAAUCGUCUGUGUUCUGCCCUGUAUCUCUUCAUUGGUGGCACUUAAAUUCAUGCCGGAAAGUCCACGUUUUUUGCUAGAGAUAGGUAAACAUGAUGAAGCCUGGAUGAUUCUCAAGCAAGUUCAUGAUACCAACAUGCGGGCCAAGGGGGAGCCGGAGAGGGUGUUUACAGUCGCCCACAUCAAAACUCCAAAGCAAAUAGAUGAGUUUAUUGAAAUCCAGAGCUCAACAGGGGCAUGGUACCAGCGCUGGUUGGUCAGAUUCACGACCACAUUAAAACAGAUCUGGGACAACCUGUUGUAUUGCUUGACAGCCCAGUACAAGAUGAAUACACUGAUUCUGGCUAUGGUUUGGUUUUCAAUGGCCUUUAGUUACUAUGGCCUUACUGUCUGGUUCCCUGACAUGAUCCGAUAUCUCCAGAAUGAGGAGUAUGACUCCCGACUCAAAAUCUUCAAUCGGGAACAUGUAACACACUUCACCAUAAACUUCACACUGGAAAACCAGAUCCAUAGGAAUGGGCUAUUUGUCAAUAUUAAGUUUGCUAAGAUGAAAUUCAAAGAUGUGACUUUUGAGGACAUGCUGUUUGAGGAAUGCUAUUUUGAAGAUGUGACAUCUACCGAGACUGUCUUCAAAAACUGCACCAUUUUAGCCACUGUCUUCUAUAACACUGAUCUUUAUGAAGACAAAUUCAUCGAGUGCAGGUUUAUAAACGUCACCUUCCUGGACCAGAAGGAGGGAUGUCACCUGGACUUCGAGCAGGAAAACGACUUCCUAAUUUAUCUCGUCAGUUUCCUGGGUAGUUUGUCCGUGUUGCCUGGCAACAUCAUCUCAGCACUGCUCAUGGACAAAAUAGGAAGGAUAAAGAUGAUUGGUGGCUCAAUGCUGAUUUCUGCAGUGUGCUGCUUCUUUCUGUUCUUUGGCAAUAGUGAGUCUGCAAUGAUUGGCUUGCAGUGUCUGUUCUGCGGGGCCAGCAUUGCUGCCUGGAAUGCCCUGGAUGUGAUCACCGUGGAGCUCUAUCCCACCAGUAAAAGAUCAACAGCCUUUGGCAUCCUCAACGGUCUCUGCAAGUUUGGUGCCAUCCUGGGGAACUCUAUCUUUGCUUCCUUUGUCGGGAUAACCAAAGUGGUUCCCAUCCUUCUGGCCUCCUCUGUGCUGGUUGCGGGAGGCCUGCUAGCCCUGAGGCUACCAGAGACUCGAGAACAGGUCCUGAUGUGA